UCAGUUCGGUGGUUAUUUUUCCGCGAAUAAGUUCGUUCUUUUCUGAUUUUCGGUCGUUUUGCUUGGUUCUUGGCGCGGGUGUCCUUUAUCGUCAUUACAAAUUCUAAGGGUGAACAUCUGAGCUGGUGAGCUGAUGGAAUGAAUGCUUGAUGUAUUAGACCUUGCCAACUCGAAGACCUUGUGCUGUGUAACUGAGUAAGGUGAUACAAAUUGAAGAGUUCCUCGAAAGGAUCGCUUGUUUGUAGGGGAUUGCGCGUGUUUUUUGAAAAAUCGUUUCAUAUCUUCUCCGAUCAUUGUGUGCUGAAACCAGUGCUCGAAAAUGAGGAGCACUAUAAUAUUGCUCAGUUUACUGGUGACGACUAGCAGGGCGGAUAUUUCGGCGGUCCUCAGAGGGGCUUACUCGCCCAAUGAUAUCCUUGCUGCCGAUGGCUAUCAUUAUGACAAACCAAAGGUACCUUUUGAUACACCGGCACGUCCUCCACCACCUCCUCCUCCGACACAGAAGCCAAGUUGUCCUGAAGAAGCCCUAAACCCAGAUGGAUCUUGCGGUUACUUCUACCCGAAGCCGGAGCAAUCUUUCACUCUGCCUCAACGUGAGACGACUACUACUCCUAGGCCCACAACAACUACUACGCGAAGAACUACUCCUUCACAAGAGUAUUUGCCACCCACCACAAGGCCAACGACUACUACAACGAGACCAACAACUACUACAACGAGGCGAACGACCACUACUACGAGGCCCACUACCACAACAAGGAGAACCACAACUACGACUCGCCCUACCACUACUACAACUCGGCGCACAACGCCUGCUCAAGAAUACUUGCCACCAGCAACGACUACGACAACUAGGCGCACUACGACUACUACGAGAACUACAAGGACAACCCCUCGACCAACAACUACUACGCGAAGAGUCGUACCAACAACCAAGUGCCCUCCAUCCCAACAGAAUCCCGACGGGUCAUGCGGAUACUCCUACGUAAAACCUGAUCAAAGUUACACCGUUCCACAACGUGUGACAACUACAAGACCAACGACAACAACGAGACUAACUACACGAAGAACAACUCCAGCUCAAGAAUAUCUUCCCCCAUCGACUACUACCACCAGAAGGACCACUACUACCACAAGACCUACAACAACUACAACUCGCCGAACCACAACUACGACUCGUCCAACAACGACAACUACUCGUCGAACGACGACAACAACCCGUCCUACGACCACAACAACUCGUCGAACGGUUCCAACAACCAAAUGUCCAGCAUCUCAACAAAACCCAGAUGGAUCGUGCGGCUACGUCUACGAGAAACCCGAACAAAGCUUUACACUUCCACAGCGAGUAUCUACCACAACAACACGACGAACCACCCCAUCUCAGGAAUAUUUACCUCCAACUACAACCACAAGGAGAACCACUACGACCACACGGCCAACCACAACAACUCGUCGAACUACAACUACAACUCGCCCGACAACGACAACUACUCGUCGGACGACGACAACCACUCGUCCAACGACAACAACAACACGUCGAACGACUACUACUCAGCGAGCAGCUCCUACGACUAAGUGUCCAGCAUCGCAACAAAGUGCGGAUGGAUCUUGCGGAUACGUCUACGAAGUUCCAGAGCAGAGCUUUACGCUACCUCAGCGAGUGAGUACCACCACCACUCGAAGAACUACUCCUCCUCAGGAAUAUUUACCUCCAAGCACAACUACUCGUCCGACGACUAGACCAACAACAACCACCAGGGUAUGUGUAGAUUCUUACUGUCAACGUACUUUUGAAUACACAUCAUUUAUUCUAUUUCAGCGUACCACAACGACGACUCGUCCAACCACCACAACAACACGUCGGACAACACCUUCUCAAGAAUAUCUUCCGCCUUCGACGACUACAACUCGAAGGACAACCACUACAACAAGGCCAACUACCACGACCACCAGGCGUACCACAACAACAACCAGACCAACGACAACCACUCGUCGGAUAACAACAACACAGUGCGCACCUUCACAGCAAAAUCCAGAUGGAUCUUGUGGCUACUUCUACGAAAAACCAGAAAAUAGCUUCACGCUUCCGCAGCGUGUGUCGACGACAAGGCAAACGACUACAAGACCAACGACCACCACCACUCGGCCAACCACCCGCAGGACAACUCCCUCACAAGAGUACCUUCCGCCAUCAACUACCACAAGGAGAACAACUACUACAACAAGACCAACCACAACAACCACACGACCAACGACUACCACCACUAGGAGGACCACGACUACCACAAGGCCAACUACAACGACUACUAGAAGAACCACCACAACUACAAGACCCGCACCUACCACCACUCAAUGUGCUCCAUCGCAGCAAAAUCCCGAUGGAACCUGCGGGUAUUUCUACGAAAAACCGGAAAGUAGUUUCACGCUACCCCAGCGAGUGACCACCACAAGACCCACGCCAACCACCACCCGAUUGACAACUCGCAGGACAACUCCCAAUCAAGAAUAUCUUCCACCGGUUACAACGACCACCACUAGGCGAACCACGACCACCACACGACCAACGACGACAACCACUAGGAGGACCACCACCACAACCCGACCAACAACAACAACCCGACCGACCACCACAACAAGGCUAACAACCACCACUCGUCGUCCUGCGCCCGCCCCCACACAGUGUUCUCCUUCACAGCAAAAUCCCGAUGGAUCCUGCGGGUAUUUCUACGAAAAACCGGAAAACAGUUUCACGCUCCCACAGCGGGUAUCAACCACAAAGCCAACAACCCCAAGGCCGACAACCACUACAAGGCUAACCACCCGUCGGACAACACCGGCGCAAGAGUAUUUGCCACCGUCGACCACCACAAGAAGAACUACAACGACCACACGGCCGACGACGACCACCACAAGAAGAACGACAACAACCACAAGACCAACGACCACCACCACUAGGAGGACCACUACUACCACCAGACCGACAACCACCACAACCAGAAGAACCACAACAACAACGAGACCGGCGCCGACUGCUGCUCAGUGUUCUCCGGCGGAGCGCAAUCCAGACGGAACGUGCGGCUAUGUCUACGAAAAACCCGACAGCAGUUUCACUCUGCCUCAGCGGGUGACCACCACAAGGCCCACGACCACCACCACAAGGCGAACAACAACCACCACUCGUAGGACAACUCCAUCUCAAGAGUACUUGCCACCAACAACUACUACUAGACGAACAACAACAACUACUCGUCCAACUACAACCACAACCCGAAGAACAACUCCUGCACAAGAAUAUCUACCUCCAAGUACAACAGCCAGAACCACUACAACGCGACCUACCACGACCACGAGGCGCACAACUACAACCACUCGACCAACGACCACAACUACAAGGAGAACUACGCCACCCAUCGAGUACCUGCCUCCAUCAACCACUCGGGCAACAACCACCACAACUCGCCCAACAACGACAACCACCCGUCCAACGACGACAACCACCCGUCGGACGACGACCACCACCCGCCCAGCAACAACCACCGAGAAGAAGUGCGCCGCCUCGGCAUCGAACCCGGACGGAAGCUGCGGCUACGAUUACCCAAAACCGCCGCAACCGUUCACCCUGCCGCCGCCGCCACCACAAGAAGCUGAUGCUCCCGAAGAGACCACCGGAUACUCCUACCCGAAGCCUGCCAUACCCUUCAACUUCUAAGUCGACCUCGCCCGAACUCUUGGAACGCUUUUCGCUGUAAAUAGUUUUCUUAUUAGAUAGGAUCAAUUAUUUCCUUUCCGCUACGUCAUUUCCAGGGUCCUUUCCUUGAACGUUUAAUCCUUAUCUCGAUAUGUUAUCACUGUUAACGAAACACUGCCGCCUGCAACACUCGAACUCGAAACACUCACUAGCUUUAGAAGCAAACACAAAAAAUGCGAUCCGUUGGCUGUAAGAUUCAAGUUUAGUUCACGAAUAUGACGAAGAUUAGGCUAAUUCGUACAACACGGCGAUGAUGGCAGUUGGCGAUGUUUUACCGCUUGUACAAGAAACCAAUACUCAAUUGUUAACCAGAGUGUACCUACCUACCAGUGAAAGAGGAUGCUUGAGCGUUAUUUUAUAACUGUUGUGAUCUGAACUUUGUCAAGAGUGUGCGAUUGUUAGAUAAUGGCCGGGAAGUUUCCUCAGUUAGAUGUAGAGGAUGCGAGAGUUUGUGAAUUAUUGUAGAAUAAAACGGAAAAAUUAAAACGA